AUGGGGGUUCUCUUCUCCCGGCCCGGCCGUGACGACAAUGCCCGUCCCGCGGGCGCGUUUCCUGCUGGCAACCUCUCCUCGCUAGACAGCCCGUCCAUCGCGCCGUACCUGGGCAUCAACACGGGCCUUUACGGCGGCAUCCCAACUUCUGACCUCCCGCCGAUUCCGUUCGAGUGGAUAGUAUCGCCUCAAAAAAUCACGGACACCACCUGUCCGAAUGGCUCACAGAUACUCACCUGGUUCGGCGUGACAGAGGCCGUCGUCACGCUCCUCACGCCGCUGGUAGCAUACCGUCCCUUCGUCCACUACAUUUCCCGCGGGUUCCUCGGCCGUCGAGCCAAAAACUCCGUCUGGCUUGCCUGGACCGUCACCGUCGCGUGCCAGCUCCUCGCCAACGCCGUGGGGGCGGGCCUCAUCGGCAACACGCCCGGGUACGGACACCUCAACAUGCUGCACAUCUUCACCGUGCUCAUGACGCGCCCGCGGUUCCACUUCAUCGUGCUCGCCCUGCUGCGCACCGUCGUGCGCGUGCGCCGGCCGCGCGACUGGGACGGCACGACCAUCAUCCAGCGCAAGCUCGACGAGCGCGUCGAGUUCCCCUACACGGACGCCUGGAUCGCCACGUCCCUGUCCGAAAUGCUCCUGCUCAUCAUAUCGGCCAUCUUCACGGGCGUGACGUGGCACCGCCUGCCGGGGGCAAGCAAGCCGCGCGAGUUCAUCUCCGACCACGUCAGCUUCGUGGCCAGCGCGCCGGGGCUGCUGCUGCUGUGCAUGAUCGCCCUGAUACCCUUCCACAAGCGCUACGGGGAGGCGUUUCCGGCCGAGGGGAGGAGAUACGAGACGGGAAGGCAUUGGGGCGUGAGUGUGCGUCGCGAUGGGACGGCGAGGGUUGGCGUCAAGCACAGGAAGAGACAGACGGUGCUGAAGCGCUGGGCGAGCGCCAUUGUCGGCGGCAUCGUGCUGGGGUAUGUGACUCUGGUGCAGUUUGCGUACUGGACGAGAUUUCUCGAGAUGAGCGGUGUUCUGUUUUGUCCGCCGAAGCUCAUGAGCACCGGUGUCGUCUGGGCGGUUUUUUCUUUGACGGGUCUCUUGGCCGGCGCUGCUUCCUGA